ACUUAAAAAUAGUAUUGAAAAUAGUAUUAUUCAGAAAUUAAAGAUUUAAAUGAAUAAAUAAGUAAAAAACAAUAUAGUAACAGAAGACUUGCUUUUUGCAGACAGUUUACAUUUUUUCUCUGUUUUAAUGUAACUGUUUGUGUAUAUUGCAUGGUUUCUACUUCUUUCUGUUUGUCAAACUCCUGCAGCAUCCAUGUUGUCAGUUACAGGCAGGGGGACAGUCCUCUUUAGUUUCUGUGGUUGAUUAUGUUUGGCAAAGUGGUGUUGGAGAAGUGUCUUAUGUAGCAGGUGUCUGGAAAGUACCAGAGUUUUACACUAAUAACAGAACCUUUUAGAAUGUCUUUUUUUCUCUCCACAUUUCUCAUAGUAAACAAAUGAGGAGUGAUCAGCCUUCUGUGGGGAAGCAUGUCUUCCUUUAUUUGCAUGGCUUUGGGUGUUAUCUUAAAGCUAAACUGCCUCAUGCUGUUACAUGCUGAGAGAGAUAUAUAUAUAUAUAGAUAUAUAUAUAUCACGAUUAUCGAUUUGACAGCACUAGGUUUUAUACAACAGUUCAGUAAAUAAGAAGUUGAUUUUGUUAUAUUUUAAACACUGAUGUGUUUUACCCAAUUUUGCAAAGAACUUAAUACCUUUAAAGCCACAGCAGGACUGUUGCUUGUCUCUGAACAACACAUCAUUCUUUAGUUUCUGAAUGAAUCUGCAUUUUGAACAAAUCGUUUAAACUAAUGAUUCAAAGAUCCAUUCGUAAAAGAGCCAUGUACUUCAUUCCUGGAUGAAUCAGCCAUUCAUAAUAAAUGACGCAUAGAGGCAUUUUCUGCCCCCUGCUGGCAUAUUUAAUUUUUUGUUUUUGUAAUUUAUUAAAAAAUAUAUAAUAAUAAUAAUAAUAAUAAGGCAUAGUUCACUCCAAAACCAUUUAUUCUGUCAUUGUCUGCUCAAACCUGAAUGACUUUCUUUAAGAGAAGGUACUUUGAAGACUGGUAACAAAGCUGCUUUGAACAAAAAAUACUGGGAUGUUUCUUAAAUCAUCUUUGAUGUUCUAUAGUUUAUGUUAGACCAUUGUAGCCUAAAUGGUUAUAAAUGUUAUGUUUUACAAUUUGUAAUGUUUACUUGAUACUUUCUUGGUUUAAAUAAAAAUAACUGUUUAAAUAACAGUCAAAGAUUAUUUUGCGAUUAAUUAGAUAAAAUGUAAUUAAUUUGAUACAACAUUUGAACUGACUGACUGACUGACAGCGCUAAUAUAAAGACCAUGUGCCUCCUAUGCUUAUUAAUGCACGUGAACGUGUGCAGUCAGAAGGAGAAUACAAAAAACUAAUAAAAACAUCACAACAAUCCCCAAGUAAUCCACUCCAUCGAUUCAUUUCUUGUGAAAUAAAAAGAUGCGUGUUUGUAAGAAACAAAUCAGACAAUAAGACGUUUAAAAAAAAAGUGCUCCAAACAAAAUGAUUUGAGAGGACAACAGGGGAUAGAUUUAGACUGAUGAAGCUUUACCGUGGAUUCUGCUUCUGUGUCCAGAAGCCAUGCUUUUUGUUUUAUGAGGCUACUGAUAAAAUUGGAGUGAUUUAAAAUGAUUAAUGUGUAAAAUGAUUAUAAAGUACAAAAUAAGUAAGAGACCAUCUCAUGGGUUUCGUUAAGGUAGAGGUCCACGUGGUUACACUUAACCAAAAACGAUGUUUUUGUAACUUCAGCAGGGUAAAUAUUUUGCGUUCUCCGCAGCGUAAACAAAGGCAGGUCUGAGUGAAUGAAUGCGAGUACUCGUAAUCCUGGGUGAAAACAAACACAGCCCUCCCCUCUGCGGAAGCUCUACUGUACUUUAUCAGCUGCUGGUUACUGCCUCCAAGGUGGUUUUGUUCCUCAUUGCACAUGCAGCCGCAUGUCUGAGUCCGUGUCAUGUUUGCUCUCUGUGUGUGUUUUGCUGGUUCAGUACGAUGCUGCUCCCCUCCAGCCUAGCGUGCUGUUGUACUCCUGCGCUUCUUCAUCAAUGGUAAGGACUCAGCUCAACUCCAACCUUCCUCGCCGUCUCAGUAUGGAGGUCCGCGGAGGUGAGGCAAGCUCUCGGCCAAAGACGUCUACCAUCAAGCCUCCGCAAUCGCGCAAGAAGGAGGAUUUCAGCUUUGGCAAAAUUUUAGGAGAGGGUUCCUUCUCAACGGUUGUGCUCGCGAAAGAACUGGCCACGGGAAAGGAGUAUGCAAUGAAGAUUCUAGAGAAGAAUCACAUCAGGAAGGAGAAUAAAGCUCACUACGUGAUCAGAGAGAAGGACAUACUGUCAAGCAUAGAUCAUCCCUUUUUCGUAAAGCUCUUCUUCACGUUUCAAGAUUCCCAUAAAUUAUAUUUCGCCCUCAGUUAUGCAAAGAAUGGAGAACUGCUUAGAUACAUUCGCAAAAUAGGCUCUUUUGAUGAGACUUGCACAAGAUUCUACACUGCUGAGAUAGUCUGCGCGCUCCAGUAUUUGCACGCAAUGGGAAUUAUACACAGGGACCUUAAACCGGAGAACGUUUUACUGAGCGAAGACAUGCACGUUCAAAUUACGGAUUUCGGGACGGCGAAACAGUUGUCAGCAGACAGCGUUCAAACAAGAGCCAAUUCUUUCGUCGGCACCGCACAGUAUGUUUCUCCAGAGCUUCUGACAGAAAAAUCAGCCUGCAAAAGUUCUGAUCUCUGGGCACUGGGUUGUAUAAUCUACCAGCUGGUGGCAGGAUUACCUCCGUUUAGAGCCGGGAACGAGUACUUGAUUUUCCAAAAGAUAAUAAAGCUGGAAUACGAGUUUCCUGAGAAGUUCUUCCCUAAAGCUAAAGACCUGGUGCAGCGACUGCUGUCUUUGGACCCUAGAAAGCGGCUGGGAUGUGAGGAAAUGGGUGGGUUCAGUCCGCUGAAAGGCCACAUGUUCUUUGAGACCAUCUCAUGGGAGAACUUGCCGGUUCAGACUCCACCCAAGCUGACCCCUUACCUACCAGCCAUGGCUGAGGAUGAUGAAGACUACUAUGGCAAUUACGAAGAUCUCCUCAGUCAGUUCAGCAGCCUGCAGGUGGUCCCAUCCAGCUCGUCUCAGAUCGUCCCACUGAGGUCCUGCAGCAAUAUUGAGCAGUACAUCCAUGACCUGGACAGCAACUCCUUUGAGCUGGACCUGCAGUUCUCCAGCGACGAGAAACGACUUCUGCUGCAGAAGCAAACAAGCGGCAACCCUUGGCACCAGUUUGUUGAAAAUAACUUGAUAUAUAAAAUGGGACCAGUUGACAAGCGAAAGGGACUGUUUGCUCGACGCCGUCAGCUUUUACUGACAGAAGGGCCACAUCUAUAUUAUGUGGAUCCUGUGAAUAAAGUACUAAAGGGGCAAAUUCCGUGGUCUCCAGAGUUGCGUCCCGAGGCCAAGAAUUUCAAGACGUUUUUUGUCCACACGCCUAACAGAACAUAUUAUCUAAUGGAUCCCAAUGGUAAUGCGGACAAAUGGUGUAAGAAGAUUCAAGAGGUGUGGGGAACAGUAUAUCACUAGUAAGAGACUGCUGGGAUGCUGGGACAUCAGAACACCACUGGAGCCAAGGCAAGUCUCAGAAGUCUGGGUCCUUCACCAUUCAACUACCAAUCAGGAAGUCAACUGUGCAUUCAUGGGACUAGUGCAUCAAUAUUCCUUCUUGAAGUAAAAAGAUGUUUUGCUUGCAGUGUUUUUGUCACAUUUAGCAGGUGUAAUAUAAAAUCAAAGAUUAGUACAACUUAGCAAAUCCACAGUUUGUACUAUAUAUAUAUAUAUGUGUGUGUGUGUGUGUGUGUGUGUGUGUGUGUGUGUGUAGAUAUGUACAUAGGAAGUAUCCCAAAAGCUUGGGGAAAAAAAAAACAAAAAAACACUCAAUCUGUUGCCUUUUAAAAUAAUAAAGAUAGCUAUAGAGGACACUCAAAUGAUCCUACAGGUCAAGUACAUAUUAAAUUGAUACGCAUAUCAUUAAUAUAUUUAUAUUUAUUCUCUAAGUCAUGUUGUUCGCCUGUAUAAUACCAUAUUACAUGUAAUUAUCAUCAUCUGAAAAAGAAUCACUUUUGAGCCGUUAUAUUUAGUAUGAAAUUGAUUUUUUUUUUUUUUUUUUUUUUUUUGUGGUUAAAUCUGCUGUUUAUAUUUGUUUUUAUAUUAUACUUUAUUUAUAAACAUCGGUUUGGUUUGCAAAGAAGUACUUGACAAGGUACGUUACACAGUAUGCACAGCAAGUCCGGAUCACUCCCUCGCAGUGUAAAUAUGGUGUUAUACCUACGGGAAUGGAGCUGUGAAGAAUAUCGCGACUGUAAAUAAUGGCUGCGUUCGCAGAUGCGGUUUUUGACCACUUUGUUGUACAUUUAAAAGGACGCCGGUCCAGCGCAGGCAACUGAAAAUGCUGUAACUACAAGUGAAAACCAAGCACAGAAGUGUGUUUUUCUUCUUCUGUUGUGUUUUCUCCUUGCAUUUUUUUGAGGAAUUUUUCAAUCGUGGAUUUCUAACUCGACUAGGCUCGUCAGCGAAACAUAACUGUGAUGUACAGACGAUGUAUUAUUCAGAAAGUAACUGCAGCGUUACUGGAUUUGCACCUUGUAUAAUUUUAUUCUUAUAUAAGAUCGGCUCAGCCUGUAGUACCUAAUAUUAUUUAAAUUCUAAUAUUCAGAGAUUUUAAUUGACUCACGUUCAGGGGCCACGUGUUGUAAAUAUUGAGAUGUAAAGCCUUUGAAUGUGAAUGAUGGCUGUAAUAUUUUGCUAGAUUUUUAUGUGCCCUAAUCAGGUCACUUAAAUUAUAUCAGAAUCGAUGUUUAUGCCCUUCGGGUUUCUGCGCACCUUUAAUGAUACUGAAGAAUGUCCAGGAGAAAAUCGUGUUAAGUCUCAUAAUAAAAGUGUAUAUGAACAGUGA